AUGUUAGAGCAAGUGCUGUCAUUUGGCCGUUCCUUGGUGCGCCGAAAGUUGGUUGACCUCAGCAGCUUAGAAGACUCUAAGCUCUGUCGUUGCCUUGGAACUGUGGACCUGAUAGCCUUGGGAGUGGGCAGCACUCUGGGUGCGGGUGUCUAUGUCCUGGCCGGAGAAGUAGCCAAGGGAAACUCUGGACCCAGCAUUGUCAUCUCCUUCCUCGUUGCUGCUCUGGCUUCCGUCAUGGCUGGCCUUUGUUAUGCUGAGUUUGGGGCUCGUGUCCCAAAGACUGGUUCUGCUUACCUUUACAGUUAUGUAACUGUUGGGGAAAUCUGGGCUUUCAUCACAGGUUGGAACCUGAUUCUCUCCUAUGUAAUCGGUACAUCCUCAGUAGCUCGAGCCUGGAGCGGGACCUUUGAUGAAAUAACCGGAGGACAUAUUGAAAUAUUUUGUAAAACUUACUUCAGCAUGAACUCGCCCGGUCUGGCUCAGUACCCUGAUUUCUUUGCGGUCUGUCUGAUUCUACUACUGUCUGGACUUCUGUCAUUUGGGGUAAAGGAGUCAGCCUGGGUCAAUAAAGUCUUCACCUCUGUUAAUGUACUCGUACUCCUCUUUGUCAUCAUCUCUGGUUUCGUCAAAGGAGACACAAACAACUGGAAAAUAACAGAAGAAUCAUUGGUAAAUGUCACCAUAGUAGCCAGAAACCUAUCAGUCAUUGGCAAUGUGAGCAGUGAUUAUGGAGCAGGAGGAUUCAUGCCAUACGGUUUUAGUGGAACAUUAGCCGGAGCUGCAACCUGUUUCUACGCUUUUGUGGGCUUUGACUGCAUAGCAACUACAGGUGAGGAGGUGAGGAAUCCUCAGAGGGCCAUUCCCAUCGGCAUUGUUGUGUCACUGACUGUAUGUUUCCUGGCAUACUUUGGUGUUUCGGCUGCACUCACACUCAUGAUGCCAUACUACCUAUUGGAUGAGAAAAGCCCUCUGCCGAUGGCUUUUGAACAUGUGGGAUGGAGCCCUGCCAAAUAUGUGGUUGCUGUAGGUUCGCUAUGUGCCCUGUCGACAAGUCUGCUGGGCUCCAUUUUCCCUAUGCCUCGUGUAAUCUAUGCUAUGGCAGCGGAUGGUGUGCUUUUCAAAGCCUUAGCCCGAAUCAAUCCUAAAACGAAGACCCCUCUUAUUGCCACAAUGAGCUCCGGUGUAAUAGCAGCCAUCAUGGCUUUUCUGUUUGACCUCAAAGCUCUCGUUGACAUGAUGUCUAUUGGAACUCUUCUGGCCUACUCACUGGUUGCCGUCUGUGUACUAAUCCUCAGGUACCAACCAGAUGGUGCUUUGGAGCAGCGUGGGCGAGAAGGCUUUAAAAGGGACUUUCUGUCCUUUGAGGAAGGGGAGUCUGAACUGACUGAAUCUGAGUCCCACCUCAACACACUAAAAGUAGAAGUCUCAGUCCUGCAGGCGGUUCUGCAACCACCUUCCUCCCCCUCUGAGCCUUCAUCUAGAGUGGUCAACAUUUCCAUUUGUGUGCUAGUACUUCUUGUAUGUGUGAUCAGCUAUUUGACAACUUACCACAACGAUGCCAUCAUUAGUAUUCAAGUGUGGGUCCUGGUUUCACUGUCAAUAUGCCUCCUUGUCUUUGGUGGCUGUACUGUCAUGAUAUGCAGACAGCCUCAAACCACUCAGAAGGUUUCCUUUAUGGUUCCCCUUUUGCCGUUUCUACCUAUUCUGAGCAUAUUUGUUAAUAUUUACUUAAUGGUUCAACUGAGUGGAGACACCUGGAUACGUUUCUCUGUGUGGAUGGCAAUAGGCUUUUUGAUCUACUUUGGCUAUGGCAUGUGGCACAGUGCGGAACGCCACCGCUUUCUCCAGGGUAAGAGCAGGAGUGCCAAGGAAGCUGGCUCUACUGCAAUGGAAAACCAACUUGAUCGGUUCAUCUGCCCUGAAAAGACCAGUCAGUUUUAA